CACAGGGAAAAGAUAUCUUGUAUAAAUAUGGUUCAUAUUCACAAUUUCAUCUAAUAUAUAAAAUUAUUUCAAUAUUACUGAACUAAUCUAAAUAUGCUGUGCUGAAAUGUUUUGGAAUAUUUCAUACGUAUGUAUUUUAGUUAUGAUUUGUUACCGGUGGCAGAACCGUAAACAUUUUGUACCGGAUCAAAAAAAAUUAGUCAGGAUAACUUUUUAUUUUUAGUGGUACAAUUUUUUUUUUUUUUUUUUUUUUUUGGUAAAAAUGUUAAGAUUAUCAUUACCAAUUUUAAGUUUUUGACAGAAUACAGAGAUAACAAGAAUCAGAAAAUUUAAAAGCAACUAAACAACAACUCAAACCGAACCAAGAAGUGGAAGGUACAACCAGCAAAGAGCCCACACGAAAGACCCAUCAGAAAUGGUACAAGUCGCUUGCCGCAAAAGGAUGAACCGCAGAGAAUUACGAGAUCUUGAGCCCGGGAGAAAUUGGCGAACCCGAUGAACAAGUCUUAAUGAUAGGUACAGCCAAGAACAGCUCGCUAAUGACCAUUAAAUCCAGUUCCAACACGCACAAACCACUAACUAGAGACCUAAACUCACCUACUAGCCAGCCGAGCCUUAUUCCAAACACCAACAAACAGGCUGCAGAUAAACAAACCCUGAAAACAACCACGGGAACUGCACAAAAAAGGGUUGAGAGACAGCCGCCAACCCACACGAAGCUCUCCAAACCUACCAGCCUAAUAAGCCGGAAGAGCACAUCCACCGGAACUGCUUCGCCAUGGCGAAAGGUUCCAGAGCAGGGAUGAUGUGAUCAACACAUGGAGACACGAGCACCUACCCAAACCGAAUGACCACGCGGAGAAGAUAGGACUCACCAUGGACAGAUUCUGAAAACCAGAGGACUGACCGGCAAACGGAGCAAGAACGAGACAAAGAGGCACAGCCGCAAGGAGAAGGACCGGAGAAGACUCACAGCGGAGAACCACCACAAGCGCUUCAAGAGAGAGGCCGCGAGAGGAGGAAGACAAAGAGGAAUCACUUGAACCAAGCCGGAUCCAGAGCCAUAGACGACUCGUUGUCCAAAACCAGGUCGACGGUGAACGCGCUGAACCAGGAACCGCCGGCUCGCCACACGACGAGAACCAGAGAUCCGAGGAACACGCCGACGUGGAACAAACGACGCCGCAACCUCCCGAGCAGAAGCAGACCGAGAAACCGCUUUCGACAAGACACCAAGUGAAAGAGAGAGACACGCGCCGCCGCACCACUUCGCCGGGAUAACGGAAAGGGAAGAGCAGGUAGACGAGCAGAUCCAGGGCGAAGGAGCCACCUCCUGAAGUCACGCGCCGUCAAACAGAGGGAACCGCCGUAGAUCUAAAGGAAAAAAUGAACGUCCGGCGAACCCAACCCGAAAAGCCGACCACAACCUCCAACCUGCCACUACACACCCACCUCGCAGAGUCACCAGAGACCAAACCAGCGCCGGAAUCAGCCUAGGUCUUCCGCCGGCGAGAGCUCAAACCUCCAGAGACGACCACAUAUCGGCGGGGAACCAGAGGGGGAGAGAAGGGCAAAAAAGAAGACGAGAUAAGGGUAACUAGGAGGAGCCCUCCGGCGUCGGAGAAGGCACGACUCGCCGGAGGCAAACGGCAACAAACAAAGGAUCGAGCGUUUAGAGAGAAAGUUAGAGGAGAGAGAAAAUCGAGCUUCGGAUGGUUAAAACGUAGGGUUUUUGUUGUGCAUGUGGUACAAUUUUUAUUAUAUAAAAACAAGUAUUUUACAAAUUUAUUAAGUAAAAACAAAUAUUUUUCAAAAAACGUGGAGCAGCUGACCCCAUUCCUUCCUAAUUGCCUCCGUCCCUGUUUGUUGCCUUGCUUCGUUUAUAAUUUUUAAAAUUAUGAACUCAUUAAUCCAGUUUUAUAUAAGAAAACAACAUAUAUAAUUUGUUUUUGUAUCCGGAUAAAUUCUACACUGGAGAAAUAUAACUAAUAUAAUGCUAAAUUUGAUUUGCUUCUUUGUCAAAAAAAAAAAAACUAAAUUUGAUUAUCUCCCUAACCUAAGGGGAGAAAAACGCUACUGCUACACCACACGCUUGGCUUAAAGCAUGUAGGUUAGUAUAUUAAUUUUAUGAAAUUGUCCGUUUGAAUAUUCUCAUUUACGAUGUAAUAAACCCAGCAUGAUUGCACGCCAUGUUUGAUACUAAUUAAAUUCAGUAGAGAUAUGAGAUAUCAUAUAAUAGUUCAGUAUAUAAUUAUAAUUAAAUUAAAUUGAGAAGUCGUACCGCGACUACGUACGACGUACCACGAGCAGGGAAGACGCUAUCUACGGCCGCGUAACGAUGCAUCAUAUUUAUUCGACCGCGUAUAUGUUUCUUGUUGAAGAAACAUUAAAUUUGUAAUGGGUCUAUGAUCAGCUUCCCCAACCAUAAGUCCCUACUCUACUUUUAGAGUUUAUGAGUUUUGUAAUUAUUAAACGAUACGUGGAGAUGUAGAUAUUUCUUCAAUAUGAAAAAGUCACAUAUCCUUAUCUUGUAAGCGGAUUAAGGAGGCCACACAACCUUGAUAAGACAAAUACCACUGAACUCUGUUUUGAUCAUAAGUUUAUUGAUCUGAUCUGAUUUUGACUGUCUCAAAUUCAAACUUAAUUUUGCGUCAAAGUGUGUGUAGUUUUAUAUAUAUAGUGUUCGUGCGGUGCUGCUUUUUAAGAAAAAAAUAGGUUUAUGUUUUAUUUAUCGAUUAUAACAUGAUCACAUAUUAGUUUAGAUUUCAAGAACCUAUUUAUAAAAGUUAGAAUUCUUUAACUGAUAAAAAAAAAGUCGUGAUUUACACAAUAUCUGGUGUAUCAAACUGUUAUCCAUGGUGGGACAUAAAUGGUGUAACUAGUAUGUUUAAAAAAUAUUUUAGUUACAAUUGUUGUUAAAAUAAUACUACUUCUGAAUAUAUGUAUUAAUCUUACAAGAUAUUUGGUAAUAGUUAAAGACUAAAUUUUAAAAUUUAUAAGUAGGCAAAUAAAUACUCAAAGUCUUUGGUCAUAGAUCCUCCAAGAAAAUAGUUAUGUUUUUAUUUUACAGGCACAAAGUCAGUUGACAUUAGAUAGAAACAAAACAAAAGUCAAUGGAUAUUAAAACGUUCUCAAACCUAAAAUACUUAAUGAAGUUGAUCAUAUUUCUAUUUUAAACCUACUUGUAUGAUGAAAAAAUAAAAGUCAAACUUAAUUCACAUAUAAUAUAAUUAAGUUCUUAUCACAUAGGUUUUGAAUAAUUUGUAUGUCAACCACGUAGGUUUUGACUAAUUCGUAUAAGGUAUUAAUAAACUAACUAUUUUAGCAAAAUAAAAUAAAACAAAGAAAACUAACAAUAUAUGGCUGUAAUGCACGGUGAACGUGGGAGAGAGAUUAUUAUUUAUGAAUAAUCAAAUUAGUAACAAGUGGGUUUACUGUUAGUGAUAUAUGAUCAUGAAUAUUUAAUCCUGAAUGUUUUGUAUUGUGUCUUUUGUUUCAUGACCACAUGGUUAUUCCAUUCACUUCUUUUAUCAUAUUAAGGUGAUGAUUGUUUUACUGAUUUUUAGAUUUUGGUUUCUGGUUUUUAGAUUUUGGAUUUUGGUUUUUAGAUUUUAUUUUUUGAUUUUUGGUUGUUGUUUUUGCAGUAGAUAUUAUUUUUGAAAAACAUGAUUGGUUGUUUUAGAUUUUGAUUUUAGUUUUGGGAUUUCCUUUUAAAAUUAAUAAAAUAAAAAUAUUAGCCAAAUGUUUCUUUUAAAAUAAUAAUAAUACUGUCAUAAAAAGACAUAUAAAUUGUUUAAUAACAUUAUAAAAAAUAUAAAUACAAACUAAAACUAUCGUAAUUCCUACAUAGAUACAUAAAUUUGAUAAUACAUAUAUUUAUGUCAUAAAUCCAUUUUAAAAUGAAAAUUAAUUCUAUGUGUAGACUUAAUUUUUAUACGUGAGUAUAUUUUUAUAUUUUAUUAAACUAUUAUAUAUAAAGGUAAUAGCUAAAUUUUGUAAACACAAAAAUAAAUUAAAGUGUAACAAAUUUACAAUAUAUAGACUUAAAAAAUUAAUUAAUUUUCUAUAACAUUUAUGUCACAAAAAUAUAACUAAAAUUAUUGAAUUUUUUUUAAAAAGAAAAUUAUUUUUUGGUCGUAGAGAAAAACCAAGAGACUUUUGAUUUGUUUUUUAAGAAAAAAUAGAUUAUCAAAAAAACAUAUAAACCUUACAUAAAAAUAAAUUUAAAUAACUAAUUUUAUUUUAUUUACAAGUUUUAAAAUUGUUCGUAAUAGAACUUACUUUUGUAUUAUAUUAUUAAACAAAGACUUUUACUAUAGCUGAUUUUUUUUAUAGUAGUUAUUGUUUUUAUUUCUUUUCAUGUGUUAAUGCAUAAAUGUAGAAAAAGUUUAAAUUAAAAAAAAAAUUGAAAACUAUCGUUGGAUUUUGAAAAAAACCAUAAAAACUUCAGAGAAAAACAGUUAUUUGAAAAAACUAGUUUCCCUAGAUUAUAGGAAAUCUAUUUCUUUAAAAUCUUGAUUUUGGUUUCAAAAACCAAAAACUACUUUAGAAUCUGUAAACAAUGAACCUCUUGAGAUUUAAGGUAUCGGCUAGAGCCAGAGGUCUCGGAGACACGUACAUUUGGGCUUUACUGUCCCCUCGGCAUUGCAACGAGCCAGCUCACUCCGAAAGGACAAGAACUCCGCAAUGUGAGCUGGAACCUCUCCGCAAUAAGGAGAACUGAUGAACUUCUGCCGGCGACAAAGUAUAAAAAAUAAAAUUACUAAUUACAAAAAAGUUUUAUUAUUAAAUAACUAAAGUAAACGAACUUUUUUUCUUGAACAUAGCAUCACCAGUUUAUUUUUAGUAUCAUAAAUUUCAUACCGAUGAAAUCAAAACCAUUCAUAAUGAAAUAAUCUAAACUUUAAACUAAUUUAAUUAAUACGGUUUGAUUUUAUUACAAAUUAAUUUAAAUUAACAAAUAUUAUGUAUAAUAAUUUAUGUUAUUUUGAAAUGUUAAUUUAUAUGUUGGAGUUAAAACAAAACUAUUUUGUGCUAUUUUAUACAUGUGGGAAGAUUUUUACCAUAGAGAAGUGUUUAUGUUUCAAUUUAUGGCUUUUAUUGUACUUUUAUGGAUUUUUUUUUUGCUUAACUGCUUUUAUGGAUUAUUACUAAUAAUUAACAUGAAACAAGUUAUAGUACGAUUAGGUCGGGUGUGUUGAUUUUUUUCUAGUGUGAUUUUAACCAACUAUAUCGUUCUUUUCGUCAAUAUAAAUAUGUUUAUGUAAUAUAUUAUUUUAUAAAUUGAUUUUUUAUAGUUUUAUUCAUUCCAAAUAAAGUUUUAUUUUUCAUAUUUUACAUUUUUUUUUUUGCUAAAACCAAGAUUUGCAGUUGAUUUAAUAUAUAUAUAUAUAUAUUAUAUUUAUAUUAUAUACACAAUAAAGCAUAUCAAACAGCAAUACUAAAUUUGGCAUGAAUCUUAUGAUAUAUUGAGUGAUACAAACAUUUGAACUUAAAAGAAUAUGUUUAGUAUUAUCCUUGUUUGUCAAGUAUUUUUAGUAUUGGACUCAAAGGUGGUUUAUGAGCUUUAUCAAACUUAAAUGAGCUUUUUUAUCAAACUUAACUAGUAUGCGUAUUUUGUUCAGAAAAAAAAAAACUAGUAUGCGUGUAUGUAGCGCGUGUGGUUAUUUGCAUAUACCAUCCUUCAACUUGCAUAUACCAUCUUCAACAGAUUAAAAAUAGAUAAACACUACUAAAACCAAACAUUAGAAGUACAUGUAUCAUCAACCAUUUCUAUUCUUUAUGCUUUAUCUCAAUGAUUAUUUUUACUUCUAAAAAUAUCUUAAGUACAGAUAAACACAAGAGGUUACUACUUAGUUGGAGCUACAAAUUAAACUAGUUAUAUAAUCCUUGAAGUGUAGGUGUAGCCUUCAAUAAACAUGGCAAACAUUUAAUUAAAACCGCCCAUUACCUCUCCUUUGUCGCUAGUUAAGAGCCAAAUUGCCCCUUUCCUUGACUUUAUUCUAAUUAAAAAACAUAUUAUAGUAAUAUAAGUAAUUAACGAUGGCUAAUUCUGGUCAAAAUCUCACGCGCUAUUAUUUUUUUUUCUUCUCCUGCAUGCUCUUCGACACGUGCGCUCGUCACUCUUGUUCAAAUGAGCUGGCUCGACAAAAAAAAAAUUCCUUUUAGGAAACUCCCAGUCCUCUCUCCCCUCCACUGCCUAUAAAACCAAAUCAUCUCUCCCACUUGAUUCUCCAUUUCAAACAAACCUCCAUUAGAGAAAAUCCACAAAGAUAUUUCAAGUGACGAAUUGGGUUUUGAUCAAAAACUUAUAUUAAUGGAUUUCUCCAGCAUGUUCCUCACUCUCUUUGUGGCGGCUCUGUUUCUCUGUUUGCUCCGGCUAAUAGCCUCCGUCGCCGGAUCCCGCCGUAGCUCCUCCUCGCAACUCCCUCUUCCUCCGGGAACAAUGGGUUAUCCUUACGUCGGAGAAACAUUCCAGCUUUACUCGCAAGACCCUAAUGUGUUCUUCGCAUCAAAACAAAGAAGAUACGGUUCGGUGUUCAAGACUCAUGUGUUAGGAUGUCCAUGUGUGAUGAUCUCGAGCCCUGAAGCAGCGAAAUUCGUAUUGGUUACCAAGUCUCAUUUGUUUAAACCAACUUUUCCGGCGAGCAAAGAGAGGAUGCUUGGAAAGCACGCCAUCUUCUUCCACGAAGGAGACUACCAUGCUCAACUCAGAAAGCUCGUCUUGAGAGCUUUCAUGCCUGAUUCAGUCAGGAACAUGGUCGCUAACAUUGAAUCAAUCGCUCGAGAAUCACUCAGUUCUUGGGAUGGAACUCAACUCAACACUUACCAAGAAAUGAAAACAUACACUUUCAACGUGGCGUUGAUCUCGAUACUCGGAGAAGACGCAGUCUUGUACAGAGAAGAUCUGAAACGAUGCUACUACAUUCUUGAGAAAGGUUACAACUCGAUGCCGAUCAAUCUCCCGGUAACACUAUUCCACAAAGCCAUGAAAGCUCGCAAGGAGCUAGCUCAGAUCCUCGCUAACAUCUUAUCUAAAAGAAGACAAAACCAAUCUACGCACAAAGAUCUUCUCGGAUCAUUCAUGGAAGACAAGGAAGGGUUAACCGAUGAGCAAAUCUCCGACAACAUAAUCGGAGUUAUUUUCGCGGCAAGAGACACGACCGCGAGUGUGCUGACGUGGAUCCUCAAGUACUUAGCAGAUAAUCCAACUGUCCUAGAAGCUGUCACUGAAGAACAAAUGUCGAUAAGGAAAGGGAAAAAGGAAGGAGAGGGUCUCACUUGGGAAGACACAAGGAAGAUGACACUUACUUCUAGAGUCGUCCAAGAGACAAUGAGAGUUGCUACAAUCUUAUCUUUCACAUUUAGAGAAGCUGUAGAAGAUGUCGAAUAUGAAGGAUACUUGAUACCAAAGGGAUGGAAAGUAUUGCCGCUAUUCAGAAACAUUCAUCACAAUGCUGAUUUCUUUUCGGAUCCCGGAAAAUUUGAUCCAUCGAGAUUUGAAGUUGCGCCGAAGCCGAAUACAUUCAUACCAUUUGGGAAUGGGAUCCAUUCUUGUCCGGGAAAUGAGUUAGCUAAACUUGAAAUCUUCAUUCUAAUCCAUCACCUCACCACUAAGUACAAGUGGUCAAUCGUAGGACCAAGUGAAGGAAUUCAGUAUGGACCGUUUGCUCUUCCUCAGAAUGGACUGCCUAUUGCUUUGGAACGAAAACCAGAGGUUGACAUGUGAAAAUAAAUUACAGGAAUACCUUUUAGCCUUCGAAAGCUAGAAAGUAAUGAAUUCUUACCAUAUUGAGAGAUACAAUAUACAAAAUGAGAAGGGAACAAGAAAGAAAAAAAAUACAAACGGAACUCUCAAGUGUACAUAGAUUUCAGUUAUAUUCUAUCUUUAUAGAAAUUUUUGUUUAGGUUUAGGAAAUGUAGAGGAUUAAAUAGGUUACAGAGAAUUUUAAUGUUAUUUUGUUCUUUUAUGUCAUUUCUCUCAAUUGUAAAUUCUUUUGUUAUCGAUGUAAUGUAUAUCGAUUUAUGGAAUUAAUAAUGUUCAAGGCAA